AAAACUCGUCUCUUCGAACUUAACCUAACCAAACAGCGCUUUUAAUCAGGUAUUCAGAUUACUGAAUACUUUCCAAUUUUUUUUCAAAAUAUUGUCCCAUUCAUUCAAAAAAAUUUUAUGAUCAUCAUUAUUCUUGGCUGCCUAUUUAUCCUGUGAGCUGAUCAAAAUGGGAGAACAUGAUGCGAUGUGCGAAAAAGUUCUCCGUACGUUAGAAAAUAUUAUAGAAACAAAUUCAGGAAUACAAGAAUUUGCUAUUGUGCAGACCACGGAAAAUCAAAAAAAUAAAUCACCGGUUUUGUUUGAAGAAAAUUGUCUUGGUUUAGAAUCAUGGUGUAAAUCCUAUAUUCGGAAUUAUUCACAUUCUCUCUUACUCAAAAAUCGCAGAAAACUGUCGCGGAAACUACUAUCAAUUGAUGAUAUGAAAAAUCUAAACCAUAUUGUGAUAGGAGCUGUUCUUUUGGAACCUAAUGUUGUUACUUUUUGGAAUAUGAAAAGAGAUUUGGUAGAAAAUGAAGUUUUAAGUAUUGAACAAGAACUAUAUUUUGAUGAAUUAGUAUUAUCCAUGCAUUCGAAAUCUUAUGAAGCAUUUUCAUACCGAAAAUGGCUGUUAAAUUUGAGUAUUAAAAAAUUCAAUGAUUUGAGAUUUUUUAACAAUGAGAAUGUUAUUUGUGAAAAAACUGCUCAAAGGUAUCCUAAUAAUUACCAUUCUUGGAAUUAUAGAAUAUGGUGUAUGGAAAAACUAUGGCAAUUGCAACCUGAAAUGCAAAAUUUGAUUUUUUCAGAACUGAAGUUCUCCCGUGAUUGGAUAACCAGUCAUAUUUCUGAAUAUACAGGAUAUUAUUACAGACAAUUUUUAUUGGAUAACUUGUGGAAAUUGAAAAGUACUUCAUUCAAUAUUGUGGGGAGUUUAAAUUUUGAAAGUUCAAUUAAAUACUUAAAUCUUCCUUUUUAUAAUGAAGACUCUUUUCAGAUGUUGAAUUUUCUUUUCGGUAAAUCACCUUCUUAUCCAGAUAAUGAUGAUUAUCCAAAAUACAUCAAUAUGCUCUCGAUGCUGUUAAGUGAUUUGUUAUUAAUAUCUGUUGAAUUAAACUAUUUAUAUAAUACUCAUGAAAGUCUUUGGAACUAUCGGAGAUUCCUUAUUAUUAAAUUAAUAGAAUUGGUAUCUCAUUAUCAUAACAUUAAUUGGAAUUAUGAUCUACAUAUUAAAAAUGAGAAUAUUAGCCCACAUAAUGCUGUUAAUAUGUUGAAUUUAGAGAUGACAGUCUUGUGUUCUGGUAAAUCAGAAUUACCAAAAAAAGUUAAAUCAUCAAAUUUUUAUAAUAUCCUAAUGAAAAAAGAAAUUGAAUUCAUUGAGGCAAAUAAAAAUACAGAAAAUACUACCUUAAAUCUACCUAUGAGACAUUUGAUGUGGUUAAACCUAACAAAUUUCUAUAAAUGAGUAAUAAUGUGUUAUGAUAUUAAGUUUUUUUUUGUUUUGUGAUAUUUGAGAAGAAAUAAGUUUAUAUAUCUUGACUUGUACAAUAUAUUGUAAUCAUUUUAUCUUAUAAAGAUUUUUGAAAUAUAAUAGACAUAUUUUCUUUA